GAGCUAAACUAAACUGAAUUCUCUUUGCUUAUUUUGGGAGGGGACCAAAGACAAAGAACGGAAUCCCAGAUCCCUCCAACAUUUGCAAGAUGAUGAAUAGGAGAAGAAGAAUUGCCCAGCAACAUCUCAGGCCACCUGGGCAGGAACUCAUCAUCAAGCAAGAAAACAGAGAAUUGAAAAACGGAAAGGGCAGGAAUGGAUUUCACAUGAAAGGACUGACGCACAGGACAAACCACGUCAAUUCAUGUCACCCCAGUAGACAUCAAACAACACAUGCAGGGGAGAAACUGUGUCCAUGUAUGAAAUGUGGAAAGAGCUUCAAUCAGAACAAGAGCCUCCUUAUACACCGUAGAACUCACACUGGGGAGAAACCACAUAAAUGCAUUGAAUGUGGCAAGAGCUUUAGUAUUAGUGGUGCCCUUAGGUUACAUCAGAAGACACACACUAGGGAGAAAUCGCAUGAAUGCAUAGAAUGUGGAAAGAGCUUCAGUAGGAGUAGUGCCCUUGGGAUACAUCAAAGGACCCACACUGGAGAGAAACCACAUAAAUGCUGGGAAUGUGGAAAGAGCUUUAAUCAGAGUAGUAACCUUAGUUCACAUCAAAAGACCCACACUGGGGAGAAACCACAUAAAUGCUGGGAAUGUGGAAAGAGCUUUAGUACCAGUAGUGCCCUUAGGUUACAUAAAAGGACCCACACUGGGGAGAAACCACAUAAAUGCAUGGAAUGUGGAAAGAGCUUUAGCAGGAGUGGUGCUCUUAAGUCACAUCAAAGGACCCACACUGGUGAGAAACCACAUGAAUGCAGAGAAUGUGGAAAGAGCUUUAGUUGGAGUAGGGCCCUUAGGUUACAUCACAGGACCCACACUGGGGAGAAACCAUAUAAAUGCAUGGAAUGUGGAAAGAGCUUCAGUCAGAAUGGACACUUUAGGUUACAUCAAAGAACCCACACUGGCGAGAAACCAUAUAAAUGCAUGGAAUGUGGAAAGAGCUUCAGUCAGAAUGGACACUUUAGGUUACAUCAAAGAACCCACACUGGCGAGAAACCAUAUAAAUGCAUGGAAUGUGGAAAGAGCUUCAGUCAGAAUGGACACUUUAGGUUACAUCAAAGAACCCACACUGGCGAGAAACCAUAUAAAUGCAUGGAAUGUGGAAAGAGCUUCAGUCAGAAUGGACACUUUAGGUUACAUCAAAGAACCCACACUGGCGAGAAACCAUAUAAAUGCAUGGAAUGUGGAAAGAGCUUCAGUCAGAAUGGACACUUUAGGUUACAUCAAAGAACCCACACUGGCGAGAAACCAUAUAAAUGCAUGGAAUGUGGAAAGAGCUUCAGUCAGAAUGGACACUUUAGGUUACAUCAAAGAACCCACACUGGCGAGAAACCAUAUAAAUGCAUGGAAUGUGGAAAGAGCUUCAGUCAGAAUGGACACUUUAGGUUACAUCAAAGAACCCACACUGGCGAGAAACCAUAUAAAUGCAUGGAAUGUGGAAAGAGCUUCAGUCAGAAUGGACACUUUAGGUUACAUCAAAGAACCCACACUGGCGAGAAACCAUAUAAAUGCAUGGAAUGUGGAAAGAGCUUCAGUCAGAAUGGACACUUUAGGUUACAUCAAAGAACCCACACUGGCGAGAAACCAUAUAAAUGCAUGGAAUGUGGAAAGAGCUUCAGUCAGAAUGGACACUUUAGGUUACAUCAAAGAACCCACACUGGCGAGAAACCAUAUAAAUGCAUGGAAUGUGGAAAGAGCUUCAGUCAGAAUGGACACUUUAGGUUACAUCAAAGAACCCACACUGGCGAGAAACCAUAUAAAUGCAUGGAAUGUGGAAAGAGCUUCAGUCAGAAUGGACACUUUAGGUUACAUCAAAGAACCCACACUGGCGAGAAACCAUAUAAAUGCAUGGAAUGUGGAAAGAGCUUCAGUCAGAAUGGACACUUUAGGUUACAUCAAAGAACCCACACUGGCGAGAAACCAUAUAAAUGCAUGGAAUGUGGAAAGAGCUUUAGUUGCAGGGGUGCCCUUAGGUCACAUGAAAGGAGCCACACUGGGGAGAAAACACAUAAAUGUGUGGAAUGUGGAAAGAGCUUUAAUCAGAGUUUUAGCCUGAGGGCACAUGAAAGGACCCACACUGGGGAGAAACCACAUAAAUGCAUGGAAUGUGGAAAGAGCUUUAGUACAAGUAGUAACCUAAGGUCACAUCAAAGAAUUCACACUGGAGAGAAACCACAUAAAUGCUUGGAAUGUGGAAAGAGCUUUAUUCAGAAUGGUCACCUUAGGUCACAUCAAAGGAUCCACACUGGAGAGAAAUCACAUGCUUGCAUAGAAUGUGGAAAGAGGUUUAGUACAACUGGUAUCCUUAGGUUUCAUCAAAGUACCCACACUGGGGAGUGUGGCGGAAUGCCCACAUCACUCCUGUCCGUUAUAUGGAGCUCAAGUGCAGGAGCCUAUGAUAUUACAGAAGCAAAGUUAGAGUGACAGACAGAGAGAAAGGGAGAGAAAUAGGGAAUGGAAGUGAGAGAUUUAGGACAUUGAAUUGAGAGAUAAGACAGAGAGUGGAAGGUUGGAGUCUUAUAGAGAAUAGGAAAUAGUUAAAAAUAAUAGAGAAUAGUCAAAGAAUAUUGUUAAAGUGAUUAUUGUAAAU